UCGCGAGAGCUUACGUACUACAUUGCCCAGAAGCCUCUGAGCAGCGGAGGACGCGGUAGUACGCAAGGUGGCCGGCCUCUACAAGGUGUAUUUCCGGGUUCACCGCCGAGGCCGACGGGAAUUGUAGCCUCGCGUCUUCUUGAAGCGAAUGGACGUUUAGGACAGAUCCAGCGCUUCCGCGGGAGCCGCCGGGAAUCGUAGUCCAGCACGCAGAGGCUGCCGGGAACUGUAGUCCGUUCAGCCUGCCCAGUCAGCGCCGCGCUGCCACCCCCACACUCGGAACUCAGAGCUGCCGCCCAGGGGGAUGCGGGAACCCCUGGUUCCGGGGAGCAAAGAGACAGGAGGGGUGAGCGGCGUUGCCAAGCAACGGGCCAGCGCCGCGGUUGGGGUGCCGAGGACGGAAUGUCCCAGGCCCCAGGAGCUCAGUCGAGCCCACCCUGCGUGUACCACGAACGACAACGCUUGGAGCUGUGCGCUGUCCACGCCCUUAACAACGUCCUACAGCAGCCGCACUUCAGCCAGGAGGCCGCCGACGAGAUCUGCAAGAGGUUGGCACCAGACUCCCGGCUGAACCCCCACCGCAGCCUGCUGGGCACCGGCAACUAUGACGUCAAUGUGAUCAUGGCUGCCCUGCAGGGGCUGGGCCUGGCCGCAGUGUGGUGGGACCGCAGGAGGCCCCUGGCCCAGCUGGCCCUGCCCCAGGUGCUGGGGCUGAUCCUGAAUCUGCCCUCGCCCGUGUCGCUGGGGCUGCUGUCCCUGCCACUGCGCCGCCGGCACUGGGUGGCCCUGCGCCAGGUGGGUGGCAUCUACUACAACCUGGACUCCAAGCUGCGGGUGCCCGAGGCCCUGGGGGACGAGGACGGUGUCAGGGCUUUCCUGGCAGCUGCUCUGGCUCAGGGCCUGUGUGAGGUGCUGCUGGUGGUGACCACGGAGGUGGAAGAGAAGGGCUGCUGGCUGCGGAUGGACUGACGCCCUGGAGGUGCCUGGCCCCGGAGUCCGCCACAGCCCGCCUGUCCUGUGCCGGGAAGGGCCAGAGGCCCACAGAGGCCAGCCCCACCUUCCCCGUGUCAUCCCCUCCCCCCAUGCCGCUGCUGCCUCCAUAAACCUGCUACUUUGCUCCUG